UGAAAUAGAUGAUCGGAGUCGCUUGAAGUAAUAAUAGGGAAUUUGCCAAUUUUGAAGUUAUUCGUGGCCAGUUUACUUGCGAGGGUGGUUGUAGUGAAUAAAAAAUGAAAUCCUUAGUUUUAGCGUUUGUCAGUUUUCUGACAAUUUAUUCAAUAAAUUGUGAAAUAUACUUCGAGGAGAAGUUCCCCGAUGAUUCAUGGGAAACAAACUGGGUAUACAGCGAGCACCCUGGCAAAGAGUUUGGCAAAUUCAAGCUAACUGCUGGAAAGUUCUACAAUGAUCCUGAGGAAGAUAAAGGUCUCAAGACCUCAGAGGAUGCUCGUUUCUACGCUUUGUCACGCAAAUUUAAGCCCUUCAGCAACAAGGGCAAGCCCCUGGUGAUCCAAUUCACGGUGAAGCACGAGCAGGAGAUUGACUGUGGAGGCGGCUAUAUCAAAGUGUUCGACUGCAAGCUCGACCAGAAAGACAUGCACGGAGAGUCCCCAUAUGAGAUUAUGUUUGGCCCUGACAUCUGUGGACCUGGCACUAAGAAAGUCCACGUGAUCUUCAGCUACAAAGGCAAGAACCACCUGAUCAAGAAGGACAUCCGUUGCAAGGAUGACGUGUACACACACUUGUACACGUUGAUCGUGAAGCCGGACAACACGUAUGAGGUGCUCAUCGACAACGAGAAGGUGGAAUCAGGAGACUUGGAAACCGAUUGGGACUUCCUGCCGCCCAAGAAGAUCAAGGACCCGGAAGCUAAGAAGCCGGAAGACUGGGACGACCGGCCCACGAUCCCGGACCCGGAGGACAAGAAGCCCGAGGACUGGGACAAGCCCGAGCACAUCCCGGACCCGGACGCCAGCAAGCCGGAGGACUGGGACGACGACAUGGACGGCGAGUGGGAGCCGCCCAUGAUCGACAACCCCGACUACAAGGGGGUUUGGGCUCCCAAGCAGAUCGACAACCCAGCUUACACAGGCCCAUGGGUGCACCCCGAGAUCGACAACCCAGAGUACACCCCCGAUGAGAACCUCUACAAGCGUGACGAACUCUGCGCAGUCGGUCUCGACUUAUGGCAAGUCAAGUCCGGAACUAUCUUCGACAACUUCCUAUUCAGCGAUGACAUUGAAGCUGCCAAGCAGAGAGGAGAGGCGUUGAAGCAGACUCUAGAGGGUGAGAAGAAGAUGAAGAAUGCUCAGGAUGAAGCGGAGAGGGAGAAGGAGAAGGUUGAGAAGCCUUUGGAAGAUGAAGACGAUGAGGAUCUCGAUGAUGAGCCCGAUGCGGGUGAAGCGGUGCCUGCGGAUGAUCACGACGAGCUGUAAACUCCAUGACGUAGUGCGAGUGUGUGCAGAGACAAUAGUACCGAGUGUACCAUAGUGCGAGGCGUGCGUGAGCCAUCCGAUAAAUCUUAACUUGUCUGUGCGUUAUGCGUUACUGUGUUCAACUCCAGUCUACUUUUGUCUAGCAGUCCGAUUCGCAAAAAACAAUGCGUGCAAAACAUUGAAUGUCAAUGUCCUUGGCAUUUUUCAUAUCUAAAGGUUUCCUAUUUUUUUACAUAAAUACAUUAUUAUCACGUCUGUAUCUCAUAGGGGUUGACGGGUACUAAGGAUUUCCAUUUGCCACGUUCCUGAUCCUGUCAAAGCUCGAUUGCUUCCUCUAUACUCAUCACUCCCUUCAUGCAUGCUCUUCUAUCUUUGUUGAAUCUGAGUUAUUGUGGUAUAAUUCGUUUGUAAGAAUUCAGUGUUUUAAUAUGGCAAAAUUAUCGAAUUCAGGUCCCAAGUGUUAGGACCGCAUCCAAUGUUUUCUAUUGUUGACUGUGUUGUAUGAAUGAUUUCAAUAAGUGAUUGCGAAUCGGAUUGCGCUUAAACAUUUAAUUUAUGAGGGUAGUAGUAUGAGGACGUAUAGUGUGAAGCGUCCGCGACGUACUGAUUCAGUGUAUAAAUAGAAAAGUUUGUUUGCGGCACUGUGUGCCUGUUCCGGGCCGGUUUACACCGUCAGUGGCCAGCCUAAUGUUUGUAUGCCGAUGUCGGUGUAAAGUGGGACCCGAAUUGUGUUUCUCAUUUUUAUGUUGUGAAAUGAGUCUGAUUAAAAUUAAUAUAUAAUUUUA